UGCAUGACCAACAAAGUGGAUAACAUCAGAAAGGAAAAUAAAAUACAGAAGUCGGCCUUCAGAACUUUUUUCACUUAGAGAUGUGAUGUUUUUAUCAGUGAAUUUCCAUGUAGAUUCCUAAGAGAGCAUUUAUGAUGAGGGUGCAUUUUGAAAAGAGGUAUUUUUAUUUGAAAGGAUUUUCCCAACAAAAAUCUAUUCUUUAGCAUUUUGAUUUCUAUAGGCGUGUUCUGUGAGUUCCUUGUUUUAAGACUAAAAAUGGUGGCUUUAACUAGAAAAGGGAAAAGCAAGAGGAGAGUGAUAAAAAUGAAUCUGUAGGAUGAAGAAAUAUGAUCAAAAGCUGCCUUCAGUGGCUGUUGGACUAGAAGGAAAUCACUAUGUUUGCACCAGUAUCCUGUGGUACUACACUUAGAUGUUUUAAGCUGGAAUGAAAUGAGAAGGAAUUGAUACCACAGCCAAGGAGCUGUGGAACUGCCAACCUCUUUACAUGCCUUUAAAUGCCUUUGAAAUUUUGGCAGUUUCACUGUGAGAUUGACAAUAAAUUUGAUAGUGCAUAAGGCAAACAAAAAGGGAAUAUCUUAACUUGAAAACUUACUACUGAAUGCUGUUUUUUUUAGUGAUGCAAAGGAGCCCUCCUAAAGGUAGAUUCCUUGUGAAGUCUUUCUAAUGCUUUCUUUUUUAUGAACACUGCCUUAGAAUUUCAAGGAAUAAUUACAUCUAACAGAGCUUUAGCUCCUUUCAAUGGUACAAUGAGUUCAGAGAUAAGCUAGCUAUAUUCCAGUCUUCCAGAUAUGUCCUUCUGUUUAGUUGUGUAAAUUCAAACAUGGCUUACUUUUUGAAGCAAGAUUUUGAAACAGUGUUGACAUAGUUUAGCUGGUAAGGCUUCCAGAAGAUACAUAAUUAUUGUGAACGCUAUCAUUUCAGAGCAGAUUUAUAUUUGUGCUUAAGCAUUGUAUAUAUUGGUUUUUAGACAGAAAUAAGUACAUUUCUACUUGAAAAAAAAAUGAGUGGCUGUUCCUGUCAUAUUGAACUUCACCAGAGCAUGUUGUGAAACCCCAACAGACCCAAUUUUAUUACAUAUUUGUUCUUUUUCAUUACUUUGAAUAUUGUCCCUACAUGUUCUGGUGGGCAAACAGGAACAUGCAUGGAAACCUAGGUUUAUGAUUGGGAGUUUAUUAAAUGAGUGUGUUCAUGUUCCUGAUUAGGAGAAAAAUUUGCUGUCCACUGUGUUUUCCUCCCUCUGCCAGCCCUCUGCCCCUCCUCUUGCCUCACCCGAGACACCCCCACCUCGAAGGCAGUCUCUCCAGGUGAGAGAGCCCAGCCUGGGCUGACACUGGGUGCUGCUGCAGAAAGAGGUGGGGCUGCCACAGCUCCCUCCAGCCUUCCACCGACCUGAGUUCAGCUGCUGCUGCUGCUGCUUUGCCAGUGGCAGAGCCGUCCCUGUGCACUGUAACCUCGGCAUCCUCGGAGCAUCCAGCGGCUGCCAGGCACUUGCAGCCCUCUCAUGAAUGUCUUUCUUUGUUUUCAAGUGGCUGACUUCUGUUUUUCAAGGCUACUGUUUUCCAUCUCCUCGCUUAAAUACUGUAUCUUCUUGAAGUAUGGAAUUUGUAUGGAAACGAUGGUGGUAUCUUCAGCUGGGCUGUAUAUUGAUAGUGAAUUUGGUUUGUGCCAAUCUACAGUAUCAAAAAGAAACUCCUCCAAGCCUGCGUGAGAUUGACCAUCAGUGCUGGGAGGUAUCGUCCCAUGGGCUGGUGGAAAUAAAGAAACUCAAGGUAGCAGAUACAGUCAUUGCUCUCUGGGACUUCAUGAUGUUCCUAAAAGAGUCCCCUAAGCCCAAGCACAAUGAACUCUUCAAUGAUUUAGCCCAGAACUUCUGGGAUAUGUAUGUAGACUGUGUGCUCUCAAGAUCCCAUGGAAUGGGCAGAAGACAAUUAACAUCUCCCAAAUAUUCUUCCACAUACUCAUACAGAACUUUAGAAGGGUCUGCUUUCACCAAUCCAUUUUAGGCCAAAAGGGGAGAAAAUGAAGAUACUUAAACAAGACAACAUCAAAAUGAAGGAGCACAAAAUCCCAAUAUAUAUUAUAUAGAUGUUUGGACAAAUCCUUCGUUGUGGUUAAAUCUUUCUUUUUCCUUUUCUUUUUGUAUAAAGUACUUAAUCACUCCUAAACUGAUAAGUACAUGAACCCCCACACUGUGACUUUUGCUUUCUUGUGUUGCAGUCUACCAAGCUUGCCUUUUCCUCACUGUAUGUGUGAAUGUGUUCUGGAUCAACACCUUUGACUUCCCAUGUAAACUUUAAAGGCUGGAUGUCAUAUUUUUGUGGAGUCUUGUCUUUUCCAAUAAUUCUCUUUUUAAAAGUUAAUUUUGAUGGAAACCCAAUAUAUUUUUAUACAUUAUGCAACAGAGAAAACAUAAACAAAUGUAUUUUAUACAUUGUCUUGCACAUACUAUUAACUUUAGGAACUGCAAGAAAAAAAAGAAAAAAGAGGUGAGAUAUUAAGCUAAAGGGAAGGAUUAUGCUCAUUGUGCAAAUGUCCUGUGCAAUCUAGACUUUGUAUUUUAUUGUUGCUUAGUCUAAGCUAUGGAUUAAUUAAAGUAUUUUUCUAAGCAGCAAGGCCUGAAUAGCAGUAGUUUUCUUGUCUAUUAACGUGUUAUUUGAUAAGCCACUAUUACAUGACAUGAAGAGCAGUGCUUUACACCAGGCUGCAAUUAAGGUGAUGCAGUCCAGCCAUGUCACUGCAGGUAGCAUUACAGCUGAGAUGGGACCCAUGCACCAAGUGGUUCAAAAGAGGGACUCAACUCCACUACUGCUCUCAGUAUAAACCACUGAGCAUGGAUAAAAUAAUUCAAGGAGAAUAAUUGCCUACUUAAGCCAAUUCUUCUCAGCACAAAAAACCUGAGAAAUGCUGACUGUUCUCUACUCCUUGGGCAAAUAAGCUUGUUCGGUCCCUGUUGUGUUUUAGCCUUUUAUGAGAUUACAGGUGGUUUUAAUUACUUUAGGAAAUAGUAAUCAUGCUGUAACAGCAUAUAAACCUUCAUAAGUAACAAGAAAUCCAUCCCACAUAAUGCCUAGCUCAUAUAUAGUUUGUAAAAUAUCCAACAAGUCUCAGAUUUGUAAAUGUUCAUUGAGAUAAACACAAUAUUGAACUGCAUCUUCUAAAAUAUGUCUCCUACAGUAUUCUGGAGAGGAUACAAAAGUAGUGAGAGAUUUUUCUGAUCCAUGAACAUCACUUUAAGCUCCUGACAGAAAUAAUAUUUUUGAGCAACUGGAGUUAUUACACAUCCAAACACAGCAACUUCAGGAAUUGAUACAUUAUGAUGAGCAGCAGUUUGAAAGCCAUCAUCUAACCUGCCCCAGCAAUAUCCAGUUUAUAAACGUAUAUACUGUAUUACAUUUGCAACAAAUGUUUUAACUGGCAUAAAUCAUAUUAAAAAAAUGCCCCUUGUUCACCUACAUUGAUCACCUACAGAAGUGUAAAAGUAUAAUAACAUUUUAGAGAUUAUUUCCUCUAUUAGUGGUCUUUUAACGAAUGCCAGAGCAAGCUAUCCUAUGCAGUUUUAAGUUUCAUCCUUCUUCAGGCAGUAAGUCUGUUUAAAUUAUUUUUCUGUAAGUCACAAAAGUGCUUAGCAUCCACCAUAAAUGUUUCCAGAAUGCUUGAACAAUCAAUUGCUACGGUCACUCUGCAGUGUCUGCCAAAGGGGCAGGUGACUAUGAACCCCAGGUAGACCGCAGCAGGAACAGCAAAGCAAAUUCCAGGUGGACAUGAUAGGUGUACAUCUAGGAGAGCUGUGGAAAGCCACAGCUGACUGCUCCUGGGAUGUCAGCAUGAGGGAUUAACAGUGAAUGGGAUGACCUUUUCUUCCACCAGUACCCCCUCUUUUUCCAUCCCUGGGUUACAGCAGGGACAGCAAGCCAGUUUAUUGGGUGUUACAUGCCCCCCCCACCAACAGCCAAAUUAUGGUCCAGGGGUGUCUUGCAAAAUUAAAUGCUGUUUGUGCUGCUGUAAGCCUUGUGUUAGUAUUGAUUUAUGAAGGAUAAAUGUAAGUAUUUGGGAAAAUUCUGCCUCCUUCAUUCUCCAGUCAUUAUUAAUUAACAUUAAUGCUCAACUAACAUUUGCAGCUGCUCAUCUGCAGUCAGGGUGUCUAGCAGAAACAAUACAGUUGUGGGACAAUGUUGUGGGGCUCAGUGCCUGAUUUAAAGUUUUUGCAUAAGCAAAACUGAUUUCCAAUUAAAGAUUCUUUAUCCAUACCUUGGCUACAGUGUAUUGCUGUAGCUUUUGCUCAGAAAUUGGAAGGACUUACAGAAGUCCUCUACAUUUUCUUUUUAACGGGACUUUGCCUUGCUGCCAGUAGUAAUGAGUCACCUACACAUUCACAUAUGUGCAUGUGAAAAUGCAUUGAAAAACCCCUCCAAACGUCACAGUCUUUGGGCUCCUAGUAAAAUAUGUACAGUUUGGUUUUAAUUGUGAAAAUACAACAGACCAUGCAUUCUCUAAACCAGUAAUAAAGCAGCAAGGCUGCUACAGAGCUGUCAGAGAAAUAUAAAAAACUGAGCAAGACUACUUGACACAGAGGACUUCAGUUAGAGAAUCUUUAUAUUCCUUGGCUAACUUUUCUUGUAGACAGGCAAGAAAUAUACAAACAGGCUAGUUUAAUAAAACAAACUUUAUACAGAUAGUUUUGGGAAAAUGUCAUAAUGAAAUUAGAUUGUAGUUAAAAACUACAAAGCAAAGGGUCACCAUAAAAAGUUAAAUUAAAUUAGCACAGAUCAAUUUAAUUUCUCUAGGUUUAAGUACUAGAUGACUUUCCUACCCUACAAUAUGAAGACUUUCUUGCUCAACAAGGGUUUAACAGACCUGCCCAUAUGAAAAAUCCUUCUGAUCUUUGGAAAACACACAUGCAGAGAUUUUUCUAAGCUUCAAAUACCGUUUUUCAUAUGUAUGUUGUAUUUUAUUCCAUUAUUUUCUUAGGGUUCUUCUUUUUAUAAAAUUUAGGGAGUCAAUUUUGAAACAAAACUAUUUGCCUUUAUUUUUAAUGCCACCACUGCUAUGUUUGUCUUGUUAUGUGACAAACAUUUUUAAGAUACACUUAUAUACACACCUAUCCCAUCCCUCUUUCAUGAAGUAAAAUAAAGGAGUUGGAAUAUUUUUAGCUCAAACUUAUUUCCUUUUUUUUUUUCAAGCUGGCAGUUAAAAAAGCAAAAGUUUGUGCUUUUCUCAAGAUGUUGCUGACAGGCAAAAAAGACAGACUAAGUGCCAGUUUGUAUGUCACAGCAUAAAAGCUUGCAAUGUCACAGAAAUUUAUGCCAUAGCACUGGAUAGCAACUAGUUUUAAAAUGAAGAACCUCAGGGAAUCUUGGGCUAUUGUAAUAGCAAAUUCUGGCAUUGACCAAAUUAAAAUGAAAAUAGCUCAGAAAUGAAGUCAUCAACACAAAGGUCUGCUGCUCACCAGUUUGAGUAGGCAUUCUAGAAGUGCCAAGGGAAGAUGAGGUUUUUUUGGAGACAAAAGGAAUAACAGCCCAACAAUUAUUAGAUUAGAUUAGAUUAGUAACAUCAGUUAAAAAGCUGUGAGCAACCCAAAUGGAGAAAGACAUUCCAACAGAAUGCUCUCCAACACGCUGGGAGAAACUGUUGGCACAAACAAGCUCCUUAGUGAGUGUUUAGAUGAAAACUGGGAUGUCAGAAGUCCUGAUACUAAAAGUGGCAAUUCAAGAAACAAAAUGGGCUUGGACAAAAACUGUGUGGGUAUGGUAUUCAGGAAAAUUAAGAAUCAAAUGUGUUUAUGUGAAGAUUUAUCACCCUGCUCAA